ACUUUAACUACCACUUCAAUGACCAAACCUGAGUAGUUUGGUAUUUUACGAAAUGCCUCACCGCGCAGCCUCCCCUGCGGCCUCAGAGAAUGAGUUUGAUAUCACAAAUUCAUUAUUCAAAGACGACAAUGCCGACGAUGACGAUUUUGCUCUCCCGAGCGGUAAAGAUUUGGGAACCCUCGACGCGGGUGGAAUUUUAGAUUUGGCAGCUGAAAGCGAUGGGGAUGGCGAUGAAGCUUUUAUUGCAGCCCGACAGGCUGCUUCUAAUCGAAAGGCUUCCAAUCUGAAGGGCAAGAGUGUAAAGAAGGGUGGAGGUUUUCAGGCAAUGGGCUUGAAUUCACAUCUUCUUAAGGCAAUCAGCAGAAAAGGAUUCUCUGUACCUACUCCGAUUCAACGCAAGACAAUACCUCUAGUUCUCGACAAUCAAGAUGUUGUUGGCAUGGCCAGGACAGGUUCCGGGAAGACCGCCGCUUUUGUGAUACCCAUGAUCGAGAAGCUUAAAGCCCAUAGUGCAAGAGUUGGAGCAAGAGCCUUGAUCAUGUCUCCAUCUCGAGAGCUUGCGCUACAGACGUUGAAGGUCGUGAAGGAGUUCGGCCGAGGGACUGAUCUCAAGUGCGUCCUACUCGUUGGUGGAGAUAGUCUCGAGGAUCAAUUCGGAUUCAUGGCUGCAAACCCGGAUAUUGUGAUUGCAACACCCGGUCGGUUUCUGCAUCUGAAGGUUGAAAUGUCUCUAGACCUCUCAUCAAUUAAAUACGUGGUUUUUGAUGAGGCUGAUCGGCUUUUCGAAAUGGGUUUUGCUGCACAACUCUCGGAGAUUCUCUACGCAUUGCCAACUUCCAGGCAGACUUUAUUAUUCUCUGCUACCUUGCCAAAGUCAUUGGUGGAGUUUGCUCGAGCCGGCCUUCAAGAACCUAGCUUGGUACGUCUGGAUGCCGAAAGUAAGGUCUCGCCGGAUCUCGAAAGUGCCUUUUUCAGUGUCAAGAGUUCCGAGAAGGAGGGCGCUCUCCUUCAUAUUCUCAAUGAUCUGAUAAAGAUGCCCACCGGACUUCCAGAGGCGGCAAAGAAGGCUGCUGAGGCCGGCGGCAAAAAGCGAAAGCGUGGAGACAACGGACCAAAUCCUAAGCAAAAGCCAACAGAACACUCGACCAUCAUAUUUGCAGCUACGAAACAUCAUGUUGACUAUCUGGCAACACUCCUUCGUUUGUCUGGAUUUGCCGUAUCCCAUGCAUACGGUUCGCUGGAUCAAACGGCAAGGAAUAUCCAGGUUGAAAAUUUCCGCACUGGAAUGACCAAUAUCUUGGUAGUGACUGAUGUUGCUGCCAGAGGUAUUGAUAUUCCUGUUCUGGCAAACGUUAUCAAUUACGAUUUUCCACCCCAACCGAAGAUUUUUGUCCACCGCGUUGGCCGUACGGCAAGAGCUGGGCAACGAGGAUGGAGUUACAGUCUUGUACGAGAGAGCGAUGCGCCAUACCUCUUGGACCUGCAGUUAUUUUUGGGUAGGAGACUACUACUCGGUCGUGAAAGUGGCGAGACACCGAACUACGCUGAAGAUGUCAUUGUCGGAGCUCUCCCUAGAGACAAAUUAGAAAGCACGACUGAGUGGAUUGGAAAGCUACUUGGAGACGAUGUUGAUCUCAGUGCUCUCAGAAGGGUAGCAGAGAAAGGUGAGAGACUUUAUAUCAAGACACGGAAUUCUGCAUCUAGCGAAAGCGCAAAGAGGGCCAAAGAAGUGGUAGCAUCAAAAGGCUGGAAUCAAUUACAUUCCCUUUUUGAUAGCGAGACGAAUGAUAUGGAGCAAGCUCGACUUGACAUGCUUGCUCGCAUCAGCGGAUUUCGACCACAAGAAACUGUGUUUGAGAUCGGCACAAGAGGCAAAGCGGGUCAUGGUGAGGCUGCUGAAAUGAUGAGGCAGCGAAGGGAGAAGAUUACUCCCCGAAGACAGAAAGAGGAGGACGAGAAGGCCGCGGCAGAGGCAGAGGCAGAAGAUAAUAUGGACAAGUUGCCUGAGCACGAUGCAGAUGACGACGAUGAUCUGGAAGUCACCAUAUCUGGUGGCGGCCAGGACAUGGAAGAGGCCUCUGAUGGCGAUAUCGAAGUCACGUUCUCGAAAUCGGCACAAAAGGGCAAAGGUAGAACGUUAUCAUGGAAAGAUUCGGAGAACUUCAUGUCUUACACGCCGAAAACAGUCAACACGGCAGAAGAGCGUGGCUACGGCGUCCACUCAGGAUCAUACAACACUGCAUCACAGAACUCAAAUUUCGUGGAGGCUGCCAGAGGCGUUACUAUGGAUUUGACCAAUGACGAUGUGGCGAAGUCAUUUGGUGAGCCGAGCAAAGCGAAGGGAAUGAGAUGGGACAAAAAGAAUAGCAAAUAUGUCGCUAGAGCAAACGAUGAAGAUGGAUCCAAGGGAAAGAAAAUGAUCCGCGGUGAGAGCGGUCAAAAGAUUGCUGCAAGCUUCCAGAGUGGACGAUUUGACCGAUGGAGAAAGGCUCACAAAGUCGACCGUCUUCCUCGGACUGGCGAGGCUGAACGAAAAGAUGCUGGCAGUACCAUGGGACGAGGUUUUGGACCCAGAUACAAGCAUAAGCAAGAACGGGCACCGAAGGAGGCAGAUAAAUAUCGUGAUGACUACCAUGUGCGGAAGAAGAGGGUCGCUGAGGCCAAGGAAAAGAGGAUUGGGAAGUUCAAGGAUGGUAGCGGGAAGCCUGAGAUUAAAAGCACGGAAGACAUUAGGAAGCAGAGGAAGUUGCUUGAGAGGAGGAAGGCCAAAAAUGCAAGGCCUUCUAAGAAGGGGAGGAAGUGAUGGUUUUGUUAGUUUGUGGCUACAAAUACCCAAUGUUACAGUUGUGAUUGGCAGUGCAAUAUUUGAACCUUAUGAAUUCGUCUAUAGAGAC